AAAUUUUCAGAAAUAUCCUCUAUAAAAAUGGAAAAUAAACUCCAAAAAAAAUAUAAUAAUAAGUACUCGUGAACUGUGAUCUCAGAUUUGAUUGGUUUCAUUAAACCCUAUAAAUCAUUUCUACCUCAUCUCAAUUUCAGUGGCAAUAAUUUGUAAUUUAUUGCCACUGCAAUUUUGUAUAUUUCAAGAACCAAUGUUUUUUUUUCUAAUUUUGAUUGGUAGGAUUGAUUUUGAGUAGUGGGUUUUGAUUGGUUGGUUUUGAAUGUGACUGUUUUGUAUGUUUUAAUAAAAUCUUUUAUACUAUUAUACAUUUUCUUGAUUUGGGUUUGUUUGUAUUUGAGAUAAAGAAGCAAAGUUUACAUCUUCACUUGCUGUAAAAUGUCAAACUCUUUUUACAUUCUUACUAUUUAAGACUCUGCAUUAAUAGUUUUGGUGAAGUGGGGUUGUUGUUUUUAGAUCCAUAAAGAAGCAAGAGAGGAUUGAUUCUAACUCUAGAGAUCAUUUGGUGAAUUGGGUAUCUGGUUUUUUGGUGAAUUUGGUCCAUUUUUUUAUUAGAUUGGCAUUGCCAAAUUGUUUUGAGCUGAUUUUCUUGAAGUUUUCCAAGUUUGGAGGUGAAUUGGGUAUCAUUUUCUUGUUUAGAGAGUUAAAGAAGCAAGAGAGGAUUGAUUGUAACUCUAGAUUUGGUGAAUUUGGUGAUUUUUUUGUUAGAUUGGUAUUGCUAAAUUUGUGUAGUGAGAAGUUUUGUGGAGUUCUGAGCUGAUUUUCUUUAAAGUGUUGCAAAUUUGGAGGUGAAGUUUUGUGCAAAGAUUCAAACUUUAGGAAGAUAAAGAAGCAAGGGAGGAUUGAUUGUAGCUCUAGAUAUCAUUUGGCCAAUUGGGUAUCUCUUUUCUUGGUGAAUUUGGUGCCUUUUUUGUAUUAGAUUGGCAUUGCCAAAUUCGUGUGGCGAGAAGUUUUGUGGCAUUUUGAGCUGAUUUUGUUGAGGUGUUCUAAAUGUGGAGGUGAAUUUUAGUGCAAAGAUUCAAACUUUAGUAGGACGAUAGAGUUUUGGAUGUGGAUGAGAGGAGGGGGGAAAUGAGAGGUGAAGUGGCAAGAUUGAGGGGACAACAAUGAGUACAGGGUCAUUGGGUCUUCGUUCUUCGGGAAGUUAUGGUUCUUUGCAGCAACAGCUAUUUCAGAACAGUUCCUCACCAAUCCAAACAACACCUCCUAUUCCAUCAAGAAAACCCCCUAAAUUGUUUAAGGAGAAAGAGGGAUUGUUUCUCCGGAUCUGCAAAUUCGCCCCUCGAAAGAAUGUGGGCAUGCUGCUAUUGUGUGUCGUUUCUGCCGCAGCUUUUCUGUGGGUCUUGUAUGUUGGCAAAGGUGAAGAUGCAGUGGAACUUAACACCUCCAUAAGUAAUAGGAUGUUUCCUCCAGAGACUUUACAAAAUUAUAUUUUUAGGAAUAUUGAGUCAAUAAAACAAACUAAUGUUGGCCGAAGUGCAUCAACUAUCCAAUCUCCUCUUUCUUUUCCUUUGCCUUCUCCUCCUGUAUAUUUCAAAGGAUAUACUCUUCCUCCUGGAAAUCCAUGUGAAGGCUUCACAUUGCCUCCCCCGCCAGCAGAUAAGAAGAGGACUGGACCACGGCCAUGUCCGGUGUGCUACCUUCCUGUUGAACAAGCUAUUGCAUUAAUGCCGAAUGCACCGUCCUUUUCUCCUGGUGUUAGCAAUUUGACUUACAUCCAUGAAGAAAAUCCAAGUAAAACCGAGUUUGGAGGUUCAGAUUUUGGCGGAUAUCCUUCGCUGAUGCUGAGAAAUGAUUCGUAUGAUAUAAGAGAGUCCAUGAGUGUGCAUUGCGGUUUUGUCAGAGGAAUCAGACCUGGACAUCGGACAGGUUUUGACAUUGACGAUUCUGACCUUGUUGAGAUGGAAUCUUGUCAAGGUGUCGUGGUGGCAUCGGCAAUAUUUGGGGCCUUUGAUUUGAUACGGCAACCAAAGAAUACCAGCGAAUAUGCAAAGAAAAAUGCCUGCUUCUAUAUGUUCGUGGAUGAGGAAACAGAAGCAUUUUUGAGAAAUUCAAGUGAGCUAAAUAGUAGCAUGAGAAUUGGUUUAUGGAGAAUUGUUGUUGUACACAACCUACCUUAUAACGAUCCGAGGCGAAAUGGAAAGGUUCCAAAGCUUCUACUCCACAGGCUUUUUCCUAAUGCUCGCUAUUCUCUGUGGAUCGAUGGAAAACUUGAGCUUGUUGUGGAUCCAUAUCAAAUACUUGAAAGGUUCUUGUGGAGAAAAAAUGCCAGUUUUGCUAUAUCAAGGCACUACAAGCGCUUUGAUGUGUUUGUAGAAGCAGAAGCUAAUAAGGUUGCUGCAAAGUUCGACAAUGCUUCCAUCGACUUUCAGGUUGAAUUCUAUAAAAAGGAAGGUCUAACUCCAUAUUCCAGGGCUAAACUUCCUAUUACAAGUGAUGUCCCUGAGGGAUGUGUAAUAAUAAGGGAACACAAUCCAAUCUCCAAUCUGUUUACUUGCCUUUGGUUUAACGAAGUGGACCGUUUUACUCCAAGAGACCAAAUUAGUUUUGCUAUUGUGAGAGAUAAGAUCAUGUCAAAGACAAAUUGGACUUUGAAUAUGUUCUUAGAUUGUGAGCGGCGCAACUUUGUGAUUCAGGGGUACCAUAGAGACGUUCUCGAGCGCCCAACUCCACCUCGUGCGAGUGUGAUUGUUCAUCCUCCACCGCCUGUAAUUCUUGAAGCGCGACAGACCUCACCUAUCGUUUCAACAUCAACCGUCAUACCUACUCCUCUCAAAAAGAUAACCACGAAGCGUGGGAGAGAGAGGAAAUCCAAGCGUCAUAGGAAAGUUAUUGCUGGAAAUAAAGAUCCUAAUUUCAGUUAAAAAUUUUGAUUUGAGUAAAAUUCUAUUCUUUUCCUUCCCUGUUUCCAGUAUAUCAAUCGCGGGGUUAGGAACUGUUGUUUCCGAAAAGUCAACAUGAAGUUCUUCAUAAGAUUCUUUAGAAGGUAUCUGAUUUAUCUGAUUUUUUGUUGUAUAUAUUUGAGUCUUAGCAAGUAUUGUCAUAGCAAUUUUAUACUGCGAAUCGCCUUCUCUUAUCGCUAGCAUCAUGUAUUAUUUCUUCUCAUACAACUGUUGGUUCUGAAGCAAGAUGAAAUUCAAUAUCCAUUAUACUGUU